GAGGCUCGGAGGGGCUUCUGGGCCGACGCGCCCGCCCCGCCCCGCUAGCUGCAGCCGGCCCCCGCAGGCCGCGCGCAGUAAAGGGCAUUGGUUGGUGACCGAGAAGUGGAGGAGUUGGGAGGAGUUAGGAGGAGUUAGGAGACGUAGAGCCCGCCCGAGUCUGAUCUAGGUGCGUCCUCUCCCAGCCCUCAUUCCCCUCCCCCGUGCCCCUCCCCGGCGUGGACGCUUCACUUCGCUCUCCUACUGCCGGGGACUCGAGGGCGACGGGGUCUCGGGCGCCGUUCCCUCGGGCGCAGUUCCCUCAGCGCUACUCCUGCUGGGACUUAAAGCCCCCAGGCCCCGAGCCACGCCUGCAGGGGGCCGCGGGCCAGGACGGUUAUCCCCCUCCCCCUUGCAUCUUUGGAGGGAAUCCCAGCUCCUGAGGUUCUUGCCCCUACAAAAUAGGGGAGCACAGAAGUCAUGGCAUCUGUGCUCCUGACAACCAAGCCCCAGGAGUCGGUGAUGUUCGAGGAUGUAGCUGUGUACUUCACCCAGAAGGAAUGGGCAGAUCUGGCCCCUGCUCAAAGGGCCCUAUACAAGGAUGUGAUGCUGGAGAAUUAUGGAAACAUAGUGUCCUUGGCAUUUCCAUUUCCCAAACCUGCGGUGAUCUCUAAGCUGGAGCAAGGGGAAGAACCAUGGAGUCUGGAUCCACAGGUUGCACCAAAUGGAGAGGGCCUAAAAGGAAUUUCAUUUUCAAAAACUGCUGUGAUCUCUCAUCUGGACCCAAGGGAAGAGGUAUGGAUUCUGAAUCUUCAGAGCAGUCUGAAUGAAGAAGACCUAAAAGGGAUAUGCUCUGAUGGUGAGACCAGGACAGAGUAUGAAGAGCCAAAUCCAAAGCCAGAAGUUUUCAAAGAAACAAACUCACCAACAGUAAUAACAGACAGAUUUCAGAGGGAUAUUCUGGAUUCUACCUUUCAAGAUAUCUGGAAAUUAGAGAGGCAACAAGCAGGCACCCCAGGGGAGAGAAUGAGGCAAGAGUUUUUACAAAGGAUAGUGAAGAAUGAGAGCACUCUCACAGAGGAAAGGAGUAAGAAGCAUAAAAAAGCAGAGAAAGAUAUCAGUGUCAGUACAUUCCCUGACAUACAGAGGAUUGCUGGAAGACACAGGUCCUACCUAUGUAAAGAAUGUGAUAAAAUUUUUAAUCGAAGUUCAGACUUUUUUCGACAUCAGAGAAUCCACACAGGGGAAAAGCCCUACAAAUGUAAUGAAUGUGAAAAAGCCUUCAGGUGGAGCACAAGCCUUAUUCGGCAUCAACGAUUUCAUGUCAGAGAAAAACAGUAUAAAUGCCAGGAGUGUGAAAUCGUCUUCAGAAAAAAUUCAGCUUUUAUUCGACAUCGGAGAAUCCACACUGGUGAAAAACCCUAUGAAUGUCACGAGUGUGGGAAAGCCUUUAGUGAAAGUACAGGUUAUACUAUUCAUCAGAGAAUUCAUACCAGAGAGAAACCAUAUGAAUGCAGUGACUGUGGGAAAGCCUUCAGUUGUAAUUCAAACCUUAUUCACCAUCAAAGAAUCCACACUGGGGAGAAGCCCUAUGAAUGUAAGGAUUGUGGGAGGGGCUUUAGCAAUAGUUCAGACUUCAUUCAACACCAGAGAAUUCACACUGGAGAGAAACCUUAUGAAUGUAAGGAGUGUGGGAAAGCCUUCAGUCGAAACUCAGGCUUCAUUCAGCACUCGAAAAUCCACAGUGGGGAAAAACCCUAUGAAUGUAGAGAUUGUGGCAAAGCAUUUAGUCAGAGCUCACAUUUUAUCCGACAUCAAAGAAUUCAUACUGGAGAGAAACCUUAUGAAUGCAGUGAAUGUGGGAAAGGGUUUGGUCAGAACUCAAACCUUAUUCGGCAUCAAAGAAUCCAUAUUGCAGACAAGUCUUUGAAUAUAGUGACUGCAAAGAAAGCUUGAUAAAAUGUGCAAUCAUUUACUAGCAAGCUGGAAUCAUUUAUAAUGGAAACCUGUUCAUAUAGAAAUACCUCAUAUAAUGGAAUUCAGCUAUUCAGCAUCUUUAAAAGUUUGGAAUACAGCUAAGGGACUAGCCAGACUCACAGUUCAUGCAACUUUACUCACUGGGGAGAUUUACUUGGAAUCUGUAUUUUUAUUUUACAUACACUUCCAGGACACUUGGUUAUUUGGCUUCCAAACCCAUGUCAGUUUUGAAACAGCAAGUUAGAAGGGAAGUUAGAAAGAGGGGAAGGAAUGCAUCAAGCAGCAGCCAGAUGUGAUAGCUGACAACAGGAUGGAGCAAAACAAAGAAACAUAUAAAUUCAAAGGAGUCAAUCUCAGGCCAUUUUAGCCCAGGGACAAAUAACCUUCAGGCUUAUGCACCUCAGUAGGGUUUAGACUUCAUUCUAGCGUAGCAUAAUACUUUGCAUAACGAUACUGAGUCAUUUAGAAAAGGCUAUGUGCUACUUUUAGAAUUGUAUCAUGUUAUCUUAAAUUUCCAUUAAAAACAUUUUAAAAUUUUGGUACUUCACAGGAUAAAACCUUAAGCUAUUAAGAAUGGUUCCUUACCUAAUGAUUCCAGAUAGCAAAAGCAAUAUUUCACUUAGGAAGUUGUCUUUUUGACAGGUUCAAAGAUGGCAGGGGGAAUAAAAGUCAUAUGACUGAAACAAAUGUAGGAAAAUUCUUUUUCAGCCCUAACUUUAUUUCCACUUAAUGGGUCAGUUUCAGCUAUGCCAGCAAAGAUGCAUAAGGGUAGUCACUAGGAGCUAAUGAAGAGUUUGGAGAUUGAAUCUUCAUUUAAAAAGACUCCUCUUUUCUGCAAACUAAAAGCAAUUCUAAGAUCUCUCCUUGUUAUAAUAAGUACCUCUGAGAUGGGGAGUGGUGUUUCACUGUCCCUAUAGUUGAAGAUUCCCCAACUGAAAAAAAGGAAUAUGUGAGACAAGAAAGUUGAAUUUUUGGAUAAUUUUCUGAUAUUUGGCCUUUAGAUUACCAAAGAUUUUGUUUAUUCCUCAGAACAUCCUGGGGGGUAGUAUUAUAUAAUAAAUUGUUCUCAUAGUACAAAAAGGGAAACUCAGACUUUGGCCAACAUGAGAGAAGGCUGUGUCCUACUACUGGGCAAAAUAAAGAGCCCUAAAAAUAAUCUUUUCCUUCCCCCUUUGUCCCUUGUACUGAAGGGAAAGUAUGAAAUCUUGCUUCUGUAAUUUGUGAUUUUUCCAUAGGGAAAUAAGCUAGAACUGGGACCUGACAGGAGAGUGAGUUUCCUGGCUUCUUAUUUCUCAGAAAUAAAAGAUUAACCCUGAUGAAAUAAUGUAAAGAAAUAUUUAACUUACAUUUGGUUAAGGAAUGAGUCUAGGUGAUUGACAGAGGCUCACUUUUAUAGGUAAAUAUUAUGGACUAUGCAAAUGAAUUCAAAAGGUUCUUUUGUAAAAAGGUCAUAAGGAAAGAGUUUCUGAUUCUUACUAAGAUACAUAGAAGAUGAUCAAUAGAUGUACUCAGGAAGGAAGAGAGCAAGGAGACUGAAAAAUAGAAACAAAAGUAUUAGUCCUACAGAAAUAAGAAAGUUGUAUGGCUCAUCAUCUAGAAAUCUAGACGGAAAGAUAGAAGAUUAGAAUUUGUUUCCAGUACUGAUCAGGAAAGGAGAUAUAAUGUUCUGGUACACCAAUAAGGCAAAACCUUAUUAUUGAUAGUGGUUGGUUCCAAAUAGUAUGCCCUCACCUAGGAUAAUAGUCUGUUAAUUCCAUCCAACCCAAUGCCUUCAUUUGCUCAUAACUUCUUAGCUCCUUGUUUCAUUCUAAUCUCCAAACGGCUGAAAAUACUAUUACUCUUGUUCUCUUGCUAAAUUCAGUGUUUUUUCCUCAUAACUUUAGACUUUGAUAUUCCUAACCACUCUGGCUUCUGUCAUUAGCCUAAUUUUCUGAAUCUGGACGAAUCUUGGCUUUUACUUUCUAAUUGUAAUAUUAACCGAAGUUAAAUAAUAGCUCUCUGAUCUAUUUAUGCCCUUUGAGACAAAUCAUUUCCAUUGUUUCAAAUGCUGCCUCUUAGCCAAUGGCGCCCUUUUUAGGUUUGAUCUCAUGUAAGCUACAAUUUUAGAUCUUUAGCUGUUUCCUAGAUAUUUCUACUUGAAUGUUCUACCAUCAUCUCAAGUUCAGUAUGUCUUAAACUUAAUAUAUAUUUUCUCCAAAAUCAGCUCUUUGGCUUUCUCUGUAUUACCAUCAUUUCCCCUAUCAUUCAGGACCAAAAUUUAAAAUUACUGUUGUUUCCUUCCUUUACAUCAGUGUCAUAUCAGAGUGCUUGUAGCUAAUCCUUUCAUUAAUAAUGCUCUGGUCUAGACCUUAAAAAUCCAUACCUAACCUAAUGCAACAGUUUCUCAUCUUGGAGCUUUUAGUUUCUUUCUUGCUAACCAAUACUUAUUUCAUUUAGCACUCUUUCAGUAAAGAAAACACUGCUUUCAUUAACCUCUUCACUAAAAAAGAAACAACUUUUUCAUUGAGUCAGUGAAAGAGAAAUAGUUUUCUUGCUAAAAUGUUCAAAUCCUCUUUCUGACUUUCACAACUCCAUAAUCUGGCCCCCUACCUAUAUAAACUUUCCUCACCCUAAAGUUCUUUUGAUUUCUCCAAUCUCUGAAGUCCUAGAGCACACUUAUACUAUUCAUUGUAUUAUUUAAAUAUUUAUUGCCUUAUUUCAAACAAGGUUUUGAGUAUUUACCAACCACAGGAUAAGUUAUUUGAAAUUAUUAUCAUAUCUUUUAACUUCCUACAGCAUCCAAACUGAUUCUCAAUUUGAAUUAGCCAUCAAAUAAACAUUUGAUUUUGUUAGAACUCUUUUAUUAUUUUGGUGAUAUAUAUUAAGGUAAUUUCUUACUUGAUAAUGUAAAUAGCAAAGUCUCAACUACUGCAAUCUUUUUUAACUGAUGGGUUGUCUACUUUACAAAACUGUCUUUGAAUUAGAUUGGUCUGAAAUUCAUACAGAUUUGAACCUGCUCAGGAUGAAAACUACUAAAAAUUGGUUCUAAACUGCACAAGAGGCAAUAUGUAGUAGUGGACAGAAGAUGGCUCAAAUCAAAGAAGACUUGAACCCCACAUCCCACCUCUGAAACAUAUUGUCUGUGAAACCAUGGGCAAGUCAAUUAACUUGUCAAGUGCUCUAGGCAAACUUCCUAAGAUGAAAAUCAUUGUUAUUAUUAAGACUAGAAAUUACAGGGUGCAAAACUGCAUUAGUAGGUGAGUUCCUGCAUCAGUGAAAUCAGAAAGGUUAAUAGCUAUCACUAGACUUUUCAGGCACAUUAACACAGGUUAAUUGACUUGACCUGCUAACCUGAGUGAUCUUCUAGAUAAAGGGAGACAAAUGUUUUCUUGAGCCCUCUGUCUGGCUUGACUGCCAUUGUUUCAGAACAAAGCUAAUUUGUUUAAGUAACUGAAUGUAGUGGGUGUGAAUGAUAAUUUAUUAUCAAUACAUGUUUAGUUUAUACAUCUAAAUAAUUUUAUAAGGCUAUAUACCCGGGUCCAUAUAAAAAAUUUUCAGGGGAAAAGAGGUUGUGAGUAGAAGUUUAAGUAGCCUUGUUAAUAGUGAUCAGCAUUUCUCAAUAGGUCUCAAUUUCUCAAUGCCUAAAUAAACUCCCUUCAACUGUGGAAAUAGAUAAAUAAAGACUGUCUUCAGCCUUCUGACCAUGAAAUGUGGAGAUGGGUAGAGUUAGGUGAAGUCACUUUUCAACCUUUUUGUGACUUUAUUCUCUUCCUGCUAAAAUAGAAGAAGGUUGGAUCAAAGAGAGGGAAUAAGAAAAGAACCACAUUAACAAAUCUUGCCCUUCACUCAGUUCCUUAAAGUUUGUUCUACUUUCCCAUUCUUCCAAUUUUCCCCUCCUUGUAUGAAUCUUAACAUCAAUGUGACAGGUGGAGAAGCUUUUUUCCCCAAAUUUAUUUAAUAUUCCAAAAAAGGUCAUUCUAAUUGUGAUCACAUUAGGUAAUUUUAUGGGUGAUUUCCAAGUGGAUACUUUGAAGUAAAAAUCUUAAAAAGAGGCAGGAAAUUGUGUUGUGCUGGAAAGAACACUGGUCUUAACAGUCUAAGGACUUGUAUUUUAGUCUUUCCUUUAACACUGACAUAUCUUGAACAGGUCAAUAGAUGUAGGUUGAACCUGUUUUCUCCUUUGUAAAACAGGGGAGGAUUAGAUAUUCUAUAAAGAUCCUUGUGAAUCAACCAGUAUGAUGUGAUGAGGCCUAUUAUAGCCUCUUGGGUGCCUUUGGAUGUGGCUUGGAAGCAAUCAGUAAUCUAGUUCAGAUAUAUAUAGCAAUACUUAAGCAGUUAUGUCUUUUCCACCGCUUUUCAACCACUUUUUGCCCUUCAUGCUAUAGAAGAAAGUAUGAGACUAGAAGUCAAUAUAUUUACAAUCUAGUUUGCAAUCUAUCAAUUCUGUCAAGUGGCAUUAAUAGCUAUCCAUCAUUUCUCAGGUAGAACACAUUGUUCACAACUUAUGAAGUUCACAAUUGUCUUUUAAGUUGUGAAAAAAAGUAAAAGUUUUUUAAACAGAUAAAGGUAUGUGUUCAUAAGUGGCUGACAUGAUAAUUAUUGUACCCUUCUAAUUUUUCUCCCACUCCCCACUCCUUUCUUUUCCCAUUCUUAAUUUCUUUUGAAAGAUAUCAUGUUGCACUGGGGAAAAAAAGACCAGGUGGGAAUCAAGAAACUCAAUUAUGUGUUUAACCCUGGGCAAAUCACAACCUGUGUGGAUAAGACAACUAAAAAUUAGGCAUAGUAGCAAUAAUAUAAAAAAGAUUAGUAAUUGUGGUCAUUAAAUAAAGUUCAUUUUGAUGUUAAUCAAGAUAGUUUAAAAAUUGAACUUUAUAAUUAAUGUGAAACUGAUUUAUCCAACUUUAUCCAACCAGAAAAGUUGUUAGAGGAAAAUGGGGAAAUAUUUGUGAAAAAGGGAAAUAUACCUGAGUGAAUAGGGAAUUAACAAAGAUGCCUAAAGAAGAGAUCCAUGCUUGCGGAUAAAAAAGAUAUUAAGACAAGGAUUAAAUUUCUAGAAUUCAGUGAAACAAUGCAAAUCAUUUGGAGGGUACAUAGGAAGAAAUAUCAGAAACAGCAUGAAAGGACAGAAAUCCUUUAAAUACAAAUUAUAUUUAAAAGCUGUACUACUCGACUUUAAAGUAAUCUAGGAGAUUGGACCUCUUAUGAAAACUCUAAAGGAUGGAUUUGAGUUUGUAUAUUAGAUUAAGUGACUACGAUGUACAAGGCAUUAUGCUAGGUAGCCAUGGGAUUGUAAAACCAAAUAAGUGAUCUGAAAGUUUUGAUUGGUAUACUGUGUCACUGGUGCUUUGCUUUAGCUUUGUUUCCUAGAAUCUCAUGGCUUCAUCUGUAAAGUAACAGAAUAGGGAUUUGUUCCUUUCUGGCUCUUUAGAAUCAUUAAAAUCAUUAAAAAAAAAACUCAGGCUUUACAAAUGUAAUGUUCAUUUCUAUACAGAUAAUUCCCA